AGUCAGUCACAUCACGUCAGUUGGUUCAGUUUUGAUGAAUUGCGAUAGUAUGUAAAUUAUUACAAGAUCACGGUUCUUAGGAUUGCAUGCUUAUUUCAAUUUGAAGUUCUUUUAUUGUAUUGUUUUUACGCGUUAAACAAUGGCAAAUACUCCAGAAAUCACCGGCCCCAUUUCACAGGAAGAUAUAGAGGCUGCUGAGAAAUUUAAAAAUGAAGCUAAUGAAUACUUUAAAAAGCAAAAUUACAAUUCUGCUAUCGAAUAUUACUCGAAGGCUAUAGAGAAGAACCCCAAUAAUGCUGUAUUCUAUGCCAAUAGAAGUAUAGCGAACCUUCGGUUAGAAAAUUUUGGUUACGCUUUGAUAGACGCAUCGAAAGCCAUAGAAUUGGACAAGUGUUAUACUAAGGCAUAUUACAGGAGGGCUGCAGCCCAUAUGUCAUUAGGAAAAUACAAAUUAGCACUUAAGGAUUUCGAAUAUGUAACCAAAGUUAGGCCAAAUGAUCAAGAUGCUAAAAAGAAGUAUAAUGAAUGUAAUAAAAUUGCCUUGAAAAUUGCCUUUGAAAAAGCCAUAUCUGUUGAUAAAAAGGAAGUUAACAUUGCUGAUUCCAUCAAUUUAGAUGCUAUGACCAUUGAGGAUGAAUAUGAGGGUCCUGAGAUGGAAGAUGGCAAGGUGACACUGAAGUUUGUAACGGAACUGAUGGAGUUCUACAAACAACAGAAGAAACUUCACAAGAAAUAUGCUUACAAGAUAUUGAUAGAUGUAAAGGCGUACUUACAAAAACAACCUUCACUAGUUGACAUAAAGGUGCCCGACGAAGCCAAGUUCACAGUCUGCGGUGAUAUACACGGACAAUACUAUGAUUUAAUGAAUAUAUUCAAACUAAACGGACUGCCUUCGGAGACAAACCCUUUCCUGUUCAAUGGCGACUUUGUAGAUCGGGGGUCCUUCAGCGUAGAAUGCAUCUUUACACUGUUCAGCUUUAAACUUUUAUUUCCUAAUCACUUUUUCAUGUCUAGAGGUAACCACGAGACGCUAGACAUGAAUCGGAUGUACGGCUUCAGAGGGGAAGUGACGUCAAAGUACACGUCACAGAUGGCGGAUCUGUUCACGGAGGUGUACAAUUGGUUGCCACUGGCGCAUUGCAUCAACGGCAGGGUGUUAGUUAUGCACGGAGGGUUAUUCUCGAAGGAUGACGUCACACUAGACGAUAUCAGGAGAGUGGAUAGAAACAAACAACCCCCUGAAGACGGUAUAAUGUGCGAGUUGCUCUGGUCGGACCCGCAGCCGAUGGCCGGUCGGGCGCCGUCGCGUCGCGGCGUCGGCUGCCAGUUCGGGCCCGACGUGACCGCCGCCUUCUGCGACCGCAACGGGCUCGACUACAUCAUACGCAGCCACGAGGUCAAGAACGACGGGUACGAGGUCGCGCACGACGGUAAAUGUAUCACCGUGUUCUCAGCGCCCAAUUACUGUGACACAAUGGGUAACUUAGGCGCCUUCAUAACGAUGAACGGCAAAGAUUUGACGCCCAAAUUCACUACGUAUGAAGCAGUGCCUCAUCCGGACGUCAAACCUAUGGCAUACGCGAACUCGUUCUUCAGUUUACUCUGCCAAUGAUCGCGCUCGCCGCAGCUGCGCACGGCCCGGAAGCGAAAAAGGCGUACCAUCUUCCAUUUUGUCAUAAUACCGCACACUAAAAUGGCGGAUGCACUUCCGGCAAUGGUGGAUAGUGAGGUGGAGUUUUAUUUUUAUUACCAUUUAAGAAACACUGGAUGAUUUAGAAACUAAAUUUAAACAUUUUAAAUCUAAAUAUAAAAAAUACAAUAAUAAAAUAUACAACAACAUAAUUAAAUUAUAAUUUCUUUAACAAAGAAACCGAAUUCGACCAAAUAUUUAGUGAUCUAAGUAAUGUCGGCAUACAUUUAUUUAUAUUAUAGGGCGUGUUUAAAUAAAUCUAACCUAUCUGGU